AUGUCAGGUGUCAUUUACCGCGUCAACUGCCUAGACUGUCCGGCCAACUACUGCGGCAUGACAAAAAAACGACUUAAAACGCGCGUCAAUGAGCACAUUUUGGCCGUCGAGCGGAAAGAUGCACGCUCACACAUCGCCAUGCACAGUCUGGGAAAUGACCAUUGCUUUGACUUUGACGGCGCCCAAGUGCUCGGCAGAGCGGAAAACAGACUGGCGCGAAAAAUAAUCGAGGCCUGGAAAACAGACGCCGACGACAUCAACCGCAGCGUCGACCUACCGGCACCCUACGAGGCCGCUAAACACCACUUACGCACCAGGUGAGGCCCAACGAGGAUAGUAAUUGAUGGCCCUAUUAGGGGCGAGCGAGAGGGACUUAUUUAAACCGUGCAGUUUCUCAUAUUUCCUAUCUCAGAUGAUGCGCUCGUGUAUGAAUGUGAAAGGUCAGAUGAAUAAAUCAUCAUCCCCAGACCUCGCCUUACUCUUCAUCAAUAUAUAUACAUAUAUAUAUUCAAUCAGGAAUGGACGCACACCGAUCUAUUGGCUUCACGAAGCAAACAAGCUCCGUAUGGGCGGCAAAGGUCACGAACGGCAACAUGAAUACCCAAGCGGUUGAACUGCCGGGCGAUUAUUUCAGAAGUCCAACGCAUGUAUGGCAAGGAGUAGAACUUUCGUGUCACGAUCUCUCCGUUGGGGUUGGGGUCUUGCGACUGUGUCUGGUGCCUGAGGCAGUUCUUUACAAAACUGAGUGGAUAUCCGUUAGAGGGGAAUAACCGAUACAGGUGAGCAAGCUCUUUGUUCAGGAGAUCGUUGCUGUUACAAUAACGGUAGGCCCGUUGGGACAGGGUUCGGUCGCAGCUUCUUUUGUGAGCUGCAGGGUGGUUGCUUCCAUAGUUAAGGAUAAUCUCAGAAUUAGAGUCUUUCCUAUGGACGCUUGUUGCCAGGCUACCAUCGCUCAACUUCUGUAUCCUCACGUCCAGAAACGGCAAGCUGUCUCCAAUUGCCUCUUCGCGGGUAAACUGUAUGGCUGGGAAGACGUCAUUCAGUCUCUGGUGAAGCCGUUCGACUUCGCACUUCUUUAUUAUGACAAAGAUGUCAUCAACGUAACGAAGCCAUAGUUUAGGCUUGAUAGUUUGGAAAACUACCUCUUCUAGUCGCUGCAAAACUAGUUCGGCGAGCAGUCCUGAUAUGGGUGAGCCCAUCGGCGUUCCCUUUACCUGUUGCUAGUACUUAUUAUCGAGUUGACAAUAGUUCCUAAGGCAAAGAUUUAGCAGUUCGAUAACAUGCUGCAUUGGAAUCUCAAUAGGAUCGUUCUGUAGGCGUUGGGUUACGCAUUCAAUCGCCAAAUCGUGUUGCAUGGAAGAAAACAAGGCAACGACGUCAAAGGACAGGAAGCAUUUAUCAGUACUUACUUUGAGGCCUUGUACCCUGCGGUGGAACGCUUGAGAGUUGUUAAUGCUGCAGUCCGAUCCAUGAGUGAGCCGCUUCAAAUGAUUGUAUAACCACUUAGCUAUAUUGUAAGUGGGUGAUCCGAUGAGUGGCACUAUAAUCCUCAGGGGGACAUCCACUUUGUGCACUUUUGGGAGGCCAUACGCGUGUGCGAGGUGGGGAUCACUGAGGGUCAUCAAUUUGGAGUCAUCUGGACUGAUAACUUUCAAACGAGCGAGCUCAUUAACCUUCUUUUUGAUGGCUGUGGCUUGCUUUUUAGUCGGAUCUUCAGCAAGAAGGGUAUAGGCCUCCAUGUCACUGAAGAUUUCAUUCGCCUUGUUAACGUAUUCAAUGUUGUCCAUGAUGACAGUAGCGCCACCCUUGUCAGCGGGAACAACGACAAUACUGUGAUCCGACUUCAAUGAUCGUAAUGCUUGCGCUUCUUCGGCCGGUAGAUUUUGUUGGUAUCUUUUUUGCCGGAGAAUACCGGUGGCGCAGCUUCGUAUGUUCGCGCGCAUGUCUUCCGGAAUGUUGGAGGCCAGUAGAAUGGACUCAAGCCAGCUAGGAAGUCGGUAGUUGCGACAUCCGUAUGAUUCACACAGAUAUGCCAGAAACCGCUAGAGAACGCUGAGGGUCCCGCUGAAGAGCCGAACCCCUCGCAGCUGUGUCACGCAGCGGCAGAAUAUCGGCGAAACACGUGCCUGGGCUUUUAACAAGUGUCUAUGUCGGGAGUAUGGUAUAAUACAUUUAGCAUAUGGAAUUCAUACUACUCGUAGUACUACCUGUUUGUAGAAUGGGCAUUACGUGGUUAUUCCACAGUAGUUGAUUGUCUUCGACUCGAAUGCUCAUUGAAAUUUCGGUUCUGACCCUAAAAAGUCAUGUCUCGGAGAUUUGACUCCAAGUCCUUCACUGAGUAAUUUCUGAAAUUAUUCACUUGAAUAUAUGUAUAUAUGUGUGUGUGUUUCAAAGAAAAAUGAGUCUUUUGGGAAACUGAACAGACUUUUUUCGUAAAUCUUCGACGCUAGUUCUCCAAAGCGUCGUCAGACGUGUAGAAAGCAUGAAAAACAGUUCAAAUUUCAGCAUGCCCUUAAAAUCAGUAUUGCUUUGUCACUGCUGCUGAUAGGUCGACACUGCGGACUGACGUAAUGUUUUGAUGGUCUAUCUCAUUUUCCGUUUUUCUCUAACAUAUGUGUACAUAGCGUCCAGAUCGAUGCGCCGGUUGAUGCAUUAAUUAUCAGAAUGAAUGGCCUCCAGAAAUUCUCGGCCUUUCUUAUAUGGACAGAAAACGACAAUGCGCGUUUUAUCCCAAGAAAAUUUGUGCCCACUUUCUAGACUAUGCAUGGCGACGUGGGAUAAGUGGUGCCGCCUCUUUACUGCUAACUGGUAUUCAUGUAGACCUGUAGCAGCAGAUUUUCCCGUUUGAAAACAGUAUACUGCAUUACAGGUACCACAUGGAAUCUUAUAGACGACUUCUUUUUUAUCCAAAUAGCCAACCCUAUCCUUAGGGUGUAGAAGUUGAGUGCGUAGUCGCUGACUGGUCGAUCGAUCGAUCAGUUUCUACGCGUCUCAGACCAACGCGCUGUUUGAACGCUCCAGCCAGCGUUUCCUACCGGCCGCUCGCGCGCCCUACCUGCUGACCAGCAAAUUAUGCCCUCCUCAGUUGUGACUUAAGAAUACAAGAUUAUAAUGACUGGCAAGAAUUUAAGCACAGACAAGGAUUUUAUUUUUACCUGAAAAUAAAGGCACACCGGAUAAUUUGCCACAUCCGAGGGUAGGUGCCGCAGUUGACGGAUGAGACGAAUUUUAACCUCGCAGAUUUCCCUGUCGCACUCGCGGCUUGGGACGCCGGGGUCUGUCAGACGAAAAGAUGACUGAAGUCCUAACGGUGACUUCCAGCUGUCCUUUAUUUGUCGCCAUCUGACGUAAAAUUGAAAAUCAGUCUCACCCAAACCGACGCUAAUAUUUUGGCACCUGGAAAGAGGAGACCGGAGAGUAGAAACGGUGACAGUCCCGCGAUGAAGUCUUGUGGCAGACACUUCAAAAGGACGUCUGUGCGUCUGUAAAACGCGUUUAGUGAAGACCUAUAACUUACGCCUGCGGGAUUUUCCUUGCCGGUUGUGGACAAUCCGCGUAAUCAACGACAGUACAUACUUGAGCAAAAAGAUGUCCUUCGGGGAGGGUGAAUUUUAAGUUCCUUUUCGAAGUGAAAAUCAGACCUGCUGGUAGGAAGAGGGAAGAAGUGAAAAUGUUAUAAAGGCGUUGACGGGUUGGAGUCGCUGAUUGCUAUCAAGGAGCCAAUGCUCUGAAGGAGUUGAAUAUCAUGAAGAGCAGACUUUAAUGCUUAAAUAUACAUUCAGAUAGAGAGACCUCCUUGACUGGCAUUUCGGUGCCGUGAAGAGUUGAACAAACUCUUAAGUUAUUUUAUGCACGGUCGCCUACGGUGAUUCAGAUAGGGAAAUUAACUGCUUACAGAACAUACUAUUAUUUUUAUAAGUGAAGAAGAAGUAGAAGAAGAAGAAGAAGAAGAAGAAGAAGAAGAAGAAGGUGAUGGUGAUGAUGAUGAUGAUGGUGGUGGUGGUGGUGGUGGUGGUGGUGGUGGUCAUCCCAGCCCCACUUGUCCUUGUCGGCACCCCUACCUGCCUGUGUGA